GGCGGGCCCUGGCGGAAGUGUCGCACAUCCCGGAAGCGCUGCACGGCGGGGUGUGUACGGACUUCAUCCGCCAUUCCUCAGGGUGGGAACCGAUAGAGCGGGCAAUAGGACCGGCACCGGGUGCCUACUCUGAAACAUGGCUGAACACGAACCCACCUCAGAGCAACUUGCACAGAUAGCAGCAGAAAAUGAAGAGGAUGAACAUUCUGUAAAUUAUAAGCCUCCAGCUCAGAAAACCAUUCAGGAGAUUCAAGCGCUUGACCAGGAUGAUGAGAGUCUGCGAAAGUACAAAGAAGCUCUGCUUGGGCCUGUUCCUGCUUCGGUGGAUCCAAAUGUUUCAAAUGUUGUCGUAACCAAACUGACAUUGGUAUGUGCGGAUGCUCCUGGCCUGCUUCAGUUGGAUCUAACAGGGGAUCUGGAGAAGUUUAAGAAAGAAUCAUUCUGUCUUAAAGAAGGAGUUGAGUACAGAAUAAAAAUCAGCUUUAAGGUCCAUAGGGAUAUUGUAUCUGGACUGAAGUAUCAGCAGCAGACUUACAGGAAAGGCGUUAAAUUGGACAAGACAACUUAUAUGGUGGGAAGUUAUGGGCCACGAGUGGAUGACUAUGAGUUUCUCACUCCAAUCGAGGAGGCUCCCAAAGGAUUGUUGGCCAGAGGCUCUUACACCAUGAAGUCAAUCUUCACUGAUGAUGAUAAAAGCAAUCACCUCUCUUGGGAGUGGAACCUGAAUAUCUGUAAAGAUUGGAAGAACUAGGUUUGCCCAGAGUAUCCCCAUUUGGGAAUUGUAACACCCCUGUUUCCUCCAACUCUCUGAGAAGUCCUGCCGGAUUGUGUUCCAGCCCAUACCAUGUGGUGCCCCUAUGACCCCCAAAAAUGCCAAGUGGGAUUGACAUGUCUGUCUUGCGUGGGCACUGUCUGCCUCACCCUGCUCUGCCUUCCUGUGUUUUAUGUAUACUGCAGGAUGACCGGUGCUUGGUUUAAUGAUUAGCAGGCAGUUUGCACUGGGAGUUCUGCUGUUCCCUUUCUUCCUCUAUUUGUUGCACCCUUUGGCUGCCUUACAUAAUUGCCUGGUACACCCUUGCUCUUUAAGAAAUGUUUUUGUUUUGUUUGUUUUGGCUUUUUUAAUGUCCUUUUUUUUGUUUUGUUCUUGUAGCCAUGUUGCCUUAAUGAUUUAACAUUUGUUGCAGUAGGAGCAUCAUCUUGUGCUCCAUUGACAAACGUGUGUGCCUCACUGCAAUGUGUCAUCCCAGCAUUGGAUUUAGCCACAUGCAAGUAAUUAUAAGCUGCUCUUAUUCUGCACUGUGCUGUGAUAAAGUCACAUAAGAAGGCACCUAGCCAUAAAUUCACUGCGUUGCAGAUUUGUAUAGGACCAAACCAAUCUAAAACAUUGUUUAGCAUAAGACCUCUUUUCCUCAACAAGGAUCUGAAAUGGCCACUUUAUAUUGUAUGGGCUGUAUUGUGUGAUGUGCCAGUAUUCAGUCACACCAUGACAGUGCUGCUUGUAUGUAGUCAGUUCGCUUAGUUUUAAACUAUGUCAGUAUGACAUUUAAACUAUUUUUGUGCCGUUGUUCAGAGAUGAACCAUUCUAAUGCUAGUACUGACCUAUGAAUGUGGGGUAUUAGCGCAGACAGCCUGUUUUACAUCUAGGGGAAAUUUGUGACAUCGUUUCUUAUUCGGGUUUACCCAUAUUUAUUGCCUUGACAGCAAGACCUUCCUCUGCUCAUACUCCCAGAUUCACCAUUCCACUCUGGGGACUCCUAGGGCAUCUGUGUCAUUUGCAGCCUUUGAGAGUCUUGGGGGAAUUGGGUGCCUCUGUGGUAUUUUCUCACAGAGCUAAUUUGUGUUCUAUUUUGUAUUUGUUUUGUCUGUCUUCUCUCCCAAAAGCCAGAUUAGCAUGAUUACAACAGGCAUUUGUUUUCCUUUUUAUGAUAAAUAAAAUUACUUCCAACUGGCUACACAA